ACAUGAAAUUAUUUUGUACGGAUGAAAGGAUCUUUAUUCAUUUGAUAUGUUAUACACUUAAAUUGCUUGAAGAAUAUCAGAAGAAUAUAAACUUUUGUGCAUUUAACAGUCUUUGUUUAAAAACGGAAAAUGUCUAAUGGGGAAAUAAGUCCACGAGAAACUUUGACAAAUGGAGACCUGAACGAAUCCGAAUUGAGUUCAGAAAAUGGUAGCAGUGAUAAAGAUAUGGACGAUGUUAGCAGGGAAAAGUUGGACCCCGCUGACAGAGAAUUGUAUGAAAAGAUGAAGAAACAGGAAAGAGAAGAAAGAAUUGAAAUCGAAAGAGAACUAAAAAGAGCCCACGAAGAAGCUAUAUUACGUCGACGACACGAAGAACUCCGUGUCAAAGAUAUGAGGUUGCAUGGCGAGAGGAGACAUUCAGAAGAUCGAGGAGAGGAUUUGAGAAUAAAUAAACAUCAUGAUGAUUUAAGAGCACUUCGCGACAACCACUUGCUUAAAUCAGAAAGUGACCCUAGACUGGACCUUCUGAAUCAAGCCUAUUUGGAAAGAUACAGAAACAACAUUUCUCCUAUGAGUGCUACGUCUAUUAGCCCAACCAAUGUAGACGGACCAUCUCAUCACUGGACUUUUGAGGAACAAUUUAAACAACUUUAUGAACUGAGUGAUGAACCAAAGAGAAGAGAAUUUCUGGAUGAUCUUUUCCAGUUUAUGCAGAAAAGAGGAACACCAGUCAACAGAAUCCCAAUCAUGGCAAAGCAGACGCUUGAUUUGUAUGAAUUAUUCCGAUUGGUUGUUUCAAAAGGUGGAUUGGUAGAGGUUAUCAACAAAAAACUCUGGAGAGAGAUAACUAAGGGACUUAACCUACCAUCAUCUAUUACCAGUGCUGCAUUUACUCUAAGAACCCAGUACAUGAAAUACUUAUAUCCAUAUGAAUGUGAGAAAUUAAAGUUGAGUUCCCCACAAGAACUUCAGGCAGCCAUUGACGGUAACAGAAGAGAGGGUAGGCGUUCUAGUUAUGGUUAUGAUCUCUCUCCCGGUCCUACACUUAUACCUACAGCACAUCACCCAGCACUUAAUGGUGGUCUAAUGAAUGGAAAGUUUGGACCAGGGUCAUCUGAUCAUCGCACACCACUCACUAGUUUACAAAGAAUUUGGCAAGCUCAACAGAUAGAUCGUCAGUCACCUUUAACCAGUUUACAAAGACUUUGGCAAAUUCAAGCUCAGCAACUAGCAGCUGGCGAGGAAGAAGAUAGUAUUCCACCAGCACAUCCACAUCAUAGAGCUCUAGCAGAACAUUUUACAGAGCGUGAUGCUAUUGCCAUGGAAGCAGCCUCACGGGUAAUGGAACAUGCGACAAGGAAAAUGGAAGAGGCAUCACGGGCAGCAGCAAUGGUAGCCGAAGAACCACCUCGUAAAAGAUUAUUGACUACAGAAGAAGAACGUCUCAUCUCACAUGUGGGCAUGCCCAGUACACAUAUAAAAAUAACAAGUAGGAAUGAUGGUAGAUCAGACAUAGAUAAUUCAUUGGUAGUCAGCAUGGAAAUAAAUGGCAUCAUGUAUCAAGGAGUUUUAUUUGCCCAUAAUCCUCGGCGGCUGUAACUUAGCAACAUGAACAACCAUUUUAUUUUAAAAUGACCAAUCAUUUACCUUGCCAUGACAAGAUUUUUCAAUUAGAUCUGAUUGACAUUUGUCCUGACCAAUCAAAAUCAAAUAUAGACUUGCCAUGACAAUAUUAUUCACUGAUGAUGAUUGGUUGACAUGCAGGUCACAUGAUCUGACUUAUUAUGAUUUAUGGGGCCAACCAAUAUGACCCAAGAAAAACUUGAAUGGAGCUGACCAUGACUCAGAAUUGUAAAGACAGAGGUCUGAUAAAUCAAACCACUGCCAGUUAUAUCUUGAAUCAAGAUAAGAAGCAGAAAUUGACUGUUUGAUAGUUUUUGAAAUUUGAAUGUUUUUUAAAAUAUGAAUACCUGUAUGUGAGGAAAAAGGAAAAGCUGUAGAAAUAGUGCCAUUUUUUAUUUUACAAAUUUUGCUCUGUUAUCUUAAUUCACUCACAUGUUUGUUUCACAUAAAAUUUUUUUUUAAAUAUUUAUAUGUCGGAGUUGUUGACUUGAUAUACUGUCUGUGUAAAAUUCAUGCAAUAAUUUAACAUUUCUGAAAGAUAUGAAAGUGAUGAAUGAAAUAAAAUGUCUGAUGUAAAAUAUGAGGACCAAGUUGUAGUGUUAGGAGGGUGUGUGUUGUACGAGAUAUGUGUGUGAAUUGUGUCAUGUGACACUGGAGAUGACUCAAGAUAGCUUUGGCUUUUUUCAAACAAAUUGAUGUGUAAAAUGCAAAGAAAUAAGUAUUAUCAUUUCAUGUCAAUGAAAAUGACAAUUUGUUUUUGCUUAUACACAAAAUUAAUAUGUUUUUUAAUGUUCAUAUAGGGGCAAGGUUUACAGGGUUUGGGAUUUAGUUGCCAUAUAGCUUAUGUGGGAGGGUUUAUAAGUAUUAGAUUUAGAGAUUUAUGUGUUCAGAAUAUUAGUAAUCUUGUGCUCAAAUGUUGCAAUAUUUAUUUCUGUUGUAUCGUACAAUACUCAUUAUAUGCAUAUUUCAACACAAAUAUUGAUAAAGUAAAAGAUUUCCGUAUACCAUAAAAAAUAUGAUAUGAUUUCCUUGUGAACAACACAUGAUUGUGAAUAAACAUCAUCAGAAUAAAUGAAAUUUAUUCAUGUGUAUACUAUUUCACUUCAUAUUUCAAAGUCCAUGAACAUCAAGAGGGAAGUGAAAACUAAAAGCUCCAAUUUUUAUAAUUCUGUAUAACUUAUAUAUUAUAAAGAGCAAAAAAACAUUGAUACAGUAUUUAUAUUUUGUGUCAACAUGGUAUUUUUCCCCUACAUUUAUUUCAAAACUGCAGUUAUUAUAUAUACUCUUUUGGUAAGAGUUAAAUAAAUUAAGUCGAUUAUCUUUAUUUGGUGGUACCUUGGAUUAAAAAUUUUAAAUUAUUGAACUGCAUCUUAAUAUUGCAAAAAUGAUAUAUAUGUUACAUUUCUGCUUCCAAUGAUAUAAUCAAUUAAAAAUUUAUGGAAUUGAUUUAUAAAUGUAUAGAAUGCACAUAAAAGUGUAAUAAAAAGGAAUUUUGUUCACCUAAAUUUAGAUAGUUAACUAAUAGAUAAAUACAUAAAUAGUUCUAACACCAAUGUAUAUUUUGUUUUUCUCUUUCAAUGUUUUAAAAGUCCUAAUUAUUAUAAUAAUAAUUAUAAUAUAAUUUUUCUUUGAACCAUGUCUUUGUUUACACUGUUUUAAAUUACACUUUCUUUUAACUUGUUUUAAAGUGCAAUGAUAUAAUUUCAACUGGAAGAAAAAAGGAAGAUACCAAUAGUGCUAUUUAAUUCUUUAUACCUUUUCCUUUUAUUUCUCAAAGAAUGAUUUGAUCAAUGUUAUUGCAUUUAUCAGAUGUUGAGUUUUGUUAAUUUGAUAUUCUGUUUCAUAAACAGCUGUGCAAGAGUCUUGCCCAGGAUAGUCUUGUAGGUUUUUUUUUAAUUUUAAUUGGUGGAAAAGUAUUUCUUUUAGAGUAGCAAUGACACUGUCAGAUUACUUUUUACUUUGCUGACAAGAACAUGUAAAUCUUCAGAGUAAAGAAUACUGUACACUUUAUAGACAUAUGUAUUCUAAAUCUAGGAAUUCACAACCGAUAAACCUAUAUUAUAAACCAAGGAAUUUAAAAUGAAAUGAUCUAUAUUUGUAAACCAGUUCAUUUUAUAAUUGAGUAAUAUUACUAAAAGCAAAUAUUUUUAUAUCAAUACUUUGCUUAUCAUGUUACAUUUUCACAGUAAUUUCUGGAAAUAAUGGCAUAUAAUUGCAUGUCGUUUUUCUUUGGUUACCACAACAGGUAGAGUCAAUACAUAGCCACUCUUACCACAAAACAUAGCAUAGGUUAAGCAUAAAUGACUUCUGGAUUAACCCAUAGUCUUAUGUUACCUCAGUAGAUGCAGUAAACUGUUUUUCAUUCAAAAGCAAUUAUAUUAUAUUCAAGCUACUAUAAAGUAGCUGAUGAUGAGUACUUUGUAUUUUUAAUUGUUGUCUGUAUUUUAAGUGAUAGUCCCAUUUUGUAAUAACAAUACCUCAUAAGUAAAUGUACAUAUCUAUAACAAAACUGAGGUGUUUAUAUAUGAUUCAAGACUAUUGAAAGUGCAUAAUAUUUUUUGUUUUGUGAUCUUUAUGUUUAUUAUUAAAAUGUCAUUUUAUUACAGAAUAAAUUAUCUUUAAAACUU